AUGCAAGGUCAAAUGUGUGCGCAAGUUGAUUAUUUAUUUGUGGCAGCUGUCUUUGUGGUUGGAAUGCAAGAACGAUCAGCGUCAGCGAGUAAUGCACGGCGACCCAUACGAAUUGUGCCCGACUGGACUGAGAAUGCGGUGCAGGGUGAACACUUUUGGAAGCCCACAUCGGUUUCAGGCGAUUUAUGUUGCUUGAAUGAGGAGUGCAUAAAAAGUGGUCAACGCAUGAAAUGCUCGGCCUGCCAAUUAAUUGCACAUCAGAAUUGCAUUCCAAUCGUCAAUGAAAAGACUCAAUUAGCUUGUAAGCCAACAUAUCGAGACGUAGGCGUUCGACAAUACAGGGAACAAUCGACAACGCAUCAUCACUGGGUGCAUCGCAAAAUGGAAAAGGGCAAAUGCAAACAGUGCGGAAAGGCUGUUCAAGGUAAACUUUUUGGCUCGAAGGAAAUAGUUGCAUUAUCCUGCGCUUGGUGUCACGAAGUCUAUCACAAUAAGGAAUCUUGCUUUAAUCAAGCGAAAAUUGGCGAAGAGUGCUCGUUGGGCAACUAUGCACCCAUUAUCGUGCCGCCUUCUUGGAUUGUCAAACUGCCCACCAAGGGAAAUUUCAAGUCCUCCAUACGAGUGAACAACAAAAGCAAUGUCACAAUAGGUACCAGUAAAAAGAAGGGCACGAGUAAGCGGCAAAAACAAAAGGAGGAGAAGAAGGAGCCACGCGCCUUCAUCGUGAAGCCCAUACCAUCGCCCGAUGUCAUACCCGUGAUAGUGUUCAUCAAUCCCAAAUCGGGCGGCAAUCAAGGUGUUAAGCUUUUGGGUAAAUUUCAACAUUUGCUCAAUCCACGACAAGUUUUCGAUUUGACGCAAGGUGGCCCUAAGAUGGGCUUGGAAUUAUUCCGCAAAGCGCCAAAUUUACGCGUAUUGGCGUGCGGUGGUGAUGGCACCGUCGGUUGGGUACUUUCGGUGCUGGACAUGAUCAAUCCACCGAUAACGCCCGCGCCCGCGGUUGGUGUACUGCCGCUAGGUACUGGCAAUGAUCUCGCACGCGCACUUGGUUGGGGUGGGGGCUACACCGAUGAGCCGAUCAGCAAAAUAUUACGUGAAAUCGGCAUGUCUCAGUGUGUGCUGAUGGAUCGCUGGCGUCUAAAUGUCACGCCAAAUCGCGAGGUGGAGGACGACAAUGUCAACCGCAGCAAAGACAACGUACCGUUAAAUGUGAUCAACAACUAUUACUCGUUCGGUGUGGAUGCACACAUUGCACUCGAGUUUCAUGAGGCACGCGAAGCCCAUCCGGAACGCUUCAAUUCGCGCCUACGCAAUAAAAUGUACUACGGUCAAAUGGGUGGCAAGGAUCUGAUAUUGCGGCAGUAUCGAAACCUCUCCCAAUGGGUGACGAUGGAGUGCGACGGCACCGACUACACGGGCAAGCUGCGAGAUGCCGGCUGCCAUGCAGUGCUGUUUCUUAAUAUUGGCAGCUAUGGCGGCGGUACACACCCCUGGAACGACUCGUUCGGCCAAUCUAAGCCAGCCAUCGAUGACGGCAUGAUUGAGGUCGUCGGCCUGACCACAUACCAACUGCCCAUGCUGCAGGCCGGCUUGCAUGGCACCUGCAUUUGCCAGUGUCGGUCGGCGCGCAUCAUCACCAAAAAGACUAUACCCAUGCAGGUGGAUGGCGAGGCGUGUCGCGUGAAGCCGUCGAUUAUCGAAAUGAGUUUGUUAAAUAAGGCGGUUAUGCUGGCCAAACGGAAGCACGGUCGUGGCGAUGUACAGUAA